GAGCCAUUUAUGUUUUCUUUAAACUUAUGUUUAUUUUGAUCGCUCACCACUUGGGGGCGCUGCUGGGUUUAUAGGUGGCUGUAAGGUUGUAGUAGGGAUACGGGGGUUGGCGAGGAAGUCAACAGUAUUUUGACCGUAUGGUUAGCGGGACAUUUAAAGAUCUUGAGCGCUGGUACUGCUGCUGUUGGAUUAUGUGCUACCUGCCAACUUAAGAACAAUAAAUGGAUUGGUAUAUCCAAAGUUUCAAGAGGUAUGGACUUUGUGGUAAUUCCUGCUAAACUGAACGAGUCAAAUCCGCUACCGCCAGCUCUCUUUCUCAUUAUGUGGUGGCUUAGGUCAAUUUCGUUUGUUUUGUUUAAAAGUCACUACAUUUUUUAAGUCAAAAUACUGACUACGCUAGAAUUGGAUGCGGACUGUUUGCUGAAGUGCAGUUGCUGCUUCGUUUGAGCACGGACUGCUACAGGAGAAUGGUCUUGGGCGUUUGGAAAUGGAAACGGAACAUGGGACUGCGACAGCUUCGUUUGGGUGGAGACUAAUGGAGGCUCUGUGGGACCCAGAGGCUGGACCGGUGAAAUAAGUCUGCACAGAUUGCGGCGAUUGGUAACGCUUCAUGAAAGGAAGGAAGGAAGGAUUGUUCGUGUGAGUGCGGCGGUCUGACUGAUCGUUGGAUAUGGAGGUAUGGUAGCGCUACCUUAAAAACAAACAAUGGCCAUUUGACUAACUCGUGUGCACACGUUAAAGACUAGUCAGUAAAUCCAAUGCGCAUUGGUGGGGUUUAAAGGUUUUCGCAUAUGCGUAAUUUAAGUGACUGGGUCUUAAUUGAAAGUUCAGUUUUAAAAUGAAUUCUGAUUUUUCUGUGUCUGAGCCCUCCGUGGUUCAACCUCAGGGUAAUGAUGGUAAUACUCAGAGUACUAAUGGUAAUGUAAACAAAGAGCCUGUAAAAAGGGUGGUAAAACCCACUGAAAAGGCACUGCUUGAAAAAUUGGAGUCUUUGCAAAAAAUUCGAAAAUUUAAACUUAAUAAAGCUUCCAAUCUUAAAACUAUGAUUCAAGGGUUCAUGGUUAACACAGAACAUGAAACAGAGGUUAAAAGUGUAUUUGCAAAAUUUCAGGUAUUAUGCACUGAGGCAAAAGAAGCACACGAGUCUUUAAUGGGUCUGUUACCUGAUGAGGAAAAGGAAAAACAUGACAUAUGGUUUAAAGCAAAAAUGCUGAGUGCAAAUGAGUUCUCUACUGGGGUGUUUAAAUGGCUGUCACUUUCAAAAGAUGAUACAAUGGCUCAAACUAUUGACAACGAAGCACGUCCAAAAUAUGGUGUGUUGGGUCAAAUCGUUGAAAUUCAGGGUAGAGAGCUUGAUCCAAAUGAUGGUAUAAAUCCUGAUGACAGCAUUUCUAAUAUUAAAACCGGUGUUUCUAAUAAGAGCUAUAGCCACAAAGAGAGCCAUUCCAGUUCUAGAUCUAAACGGUCUAGCCACUCUUCUAUUUUGUUUGCACGCCUCCAAGCUGAGGCAGAGAGAGCAGCACUGGUAGCUCGUGCUGCAUCCUUAAAAGAAAAGCACACUUUGGAGGAGCAAGUAGAGGUGCUAAGGAGGAAAAAGGAACAAAUGGAUCUUGAUGCGGACUUGGCUGCUUCCACUGCUAAACUGUCAGUGUUAAAGAUUUAUGGAGCAUCAAGUGUCAUCUCAGAUGGAAUGGAGUCCUAUUUUGAAAAAGAAACCAAACAAAAGGCAGUCUCCAUAACAAGAAAAUCAGAGGAAAAUCCAAAUCCAUCUACAAGACAAAAGGUUAACAAAAGGCUUCUUGAUAUUGAUGCAUUGAUUUCACAACAAGAAAUGCAAGAUGACACUGAAAGUGGUCAGAGAGAUCCUCUUGGAAGUGAGUCACAAAGACAUGCCAAUAAAAUAGGUGUUGCACAGAAGCCACAGUUGCGAGAAAUGCAGUACCAAUUAUCAAACGGAGAAUCUCAAGGCCAUAUCCAUGAACCAAUCAUACGACCAAGGAGACCACAAAUGCAUGAAGGACAAUCACAACCAACUGUUCAGGAAAACAGUGAGAGUGCUACUUUACACUUACUUCAAAGACAAAAUGACAUAGCAGAAUUGCUAAUACAACAGCACAAUUCACAUCUGCUUCCUCCAAGAGAUGUUCCAAUCUUUGAAGGUGAUCCUCUGCAAUACAGAACAUUUAUUAAAGCCUUUGAAUAUUGUGUGGAGGAAAAAACAAGUAGCAAAGGGGAUUGUCUGUACUUUCUGGAAAGGUACACUAGAGGACAGCCACGUGCAUUAGUUCGCAGCUGCCAGCAUAUGGCUCCUGAAAGAGGCUAAAAAUUGCUGUUGCAUGGAUGCUGAAAUUAAAACAUGUCUUAAUGGAAUUGAGCAAGAAAAGGAAGGAAUUGUUGGAAUUGUCAGACCAAUCCUGUGACAUUCAGCAGGAAAUGCAGAAGGUCAAAGCUGCAUUAAGACCACAAAGCUUGUCCAUAGAGGACCUUUCUGAAGCAGAAAAGGCAGUCAUUCGUUUUUCUCAGUUUGAAAGGUUUAACAAAGAAAUUGUUGGACUGUCCUCAGGAAAAACGGAAGUGUCAAAAGGCAGCACUAUCCACCGAUUGAACCCGGUCCUGGAAAAUGAAUUGUUGAGAGUUGGUGGAAGACAG